AAGCUCAAACGCAGAGGAGAUAAAAUUGUUGUAAUAUAAAAUCAAUAAAUUACAAAUCUUUUGAAUUAAGUAGUUAGUUGAAUUGCAAGUCACAUAUAUUUUAUAAUUAAAACAAUGACCUUGAAUAAGAAAGUCGCCAUCAUUACGGGUGCAAGUUCUGGAAUUGGAGCUGCAACAUGUGUGGAUUUUGUGAAAAACAAUGCAAACGUCGUUGCCGUUGGUAGAAAUUUGGAAAAUCUAAAACAAACCUCGGCUGCUUGUACCAAAGCCAACCCGAAAGUAAAAUGUCUAAUCAUCCAAGCUGACGUCACAAAAGACACUCAGAAAAUCAUUGAUCAAACUAUUAAGGAAUUUGGUAAAAUUGAUAUUUUAGUCAACAAUGCUGGAAUACUGAAAAGCGGUACAAUCUUGGAUACUGAGAGUGGAGAUUUCGACUCGAUUAUGGAUACUAAUUUGCGAGCAGUUUUCCAGCUGACCAAAUCGGUGGUUCCUUAUUUAAUCAAAACCAAGGGUAAUAUAGUGAAUGUUUCAAGUGUGGCGGGGAUACGAUCAUUUCCAAAUGCCUUGGCUUAUUGUGUUUCGAAGGCUGCUCUAGAUCAGUUUACCAGAUGUGUGGCCUUGGAGUUGGCACCUCAUAAUGUGCGGGUGAACUCGGUUAAUCCGGGUGUUGUUAUCACAGAGGUUCACAAACGCAGCGGAAUGGAUGAGAAAGCUUAUGCCGACUACUUGGAGCUUUGCAAAUCUACACACGCUUUGGGCCGUGUUGCAACUGUGGACGAAAUUGCACCUUCUAUUGUAUUUCUAGCCAGUGAUGCAGCGAGCUUUAUUACAGGGUCUUUGCUCCCGAUUGAUGGUGGCAAGAAUGUUAUGUGCCCAAGAUAGAUUUGUGUUCAUUUUUGUUUCAAUAAAUGCUAUGGGAUGAGUGA